UUCAAAGUCAUGAAGAACUCCUGAAACACUUCGAGGGAUUCAUCCCGCUUAAAGCGCCGAUGAGUGAGUAAGUCAACGGAAGGAUUGUAAAAUGCCACGCCGUUGCGAAUGAUCCAAUGGUGAAGCCCCGUCUUCCAAGGGGGAGACGGCCCCCGAAGUUACCAACGCCAUGCACGACCUGAGCUACUGGGGUCGUGAGGAUUAUUCCCCUUUCGGAACUUUGACGCAGGGGCCCGUCUAGGAUUAGAUUGUCGACCGGAUUACAACUUAGAUGCGCGAGCAUAACUAGGUGCACACCCAAUAGGCGAAGAUACGUAGUAGCGUGGAUCUUUCUUAACCCUUCCAUCUUCUAUGAUCGUCAGUGAUCGCUUGCCUCUCCUUUCUUUCUCAUCUCAAAUGUCGACGCGGUAGCACCGCGUGGCGAAGCCAAUAUCCGCCUGUAUGAGUAACAACGAUAAUCCACGAUGUCGAAUAGAUUUCAUAACCAGCCUGGCCUAGAAUGGGACCAGCCCGGCUUAGAGGUGGCGCCCGAGCCGGAACCACCACAAGCCAUCUCAGGACCGCAGAUUAUAGAGAAGCCGCACGGCGACACAGCGCAGUAUUCAUACGGCCAGCAACCUCAAGCUUACGCAGCCAGUUACCCGCCAACGGGAUAUGCCCCUUCCAGUCAACCAACUCAGUCCCACUGGGGAAGCUCUCAGAGUGGUGCAUAUAUCAACGAUGGAGUCCCACCAAACGACGCACCGCCUAAUCGUCCGACCAUAUUAGGGAUACCAAGAAGAAAAUUCUGGCUAAUAUUCUCACCACUUAUCGUCUUGCUUGUUGUUGGACUGGCUGUUGGGUUGGGUGCGGGAUUGGGAACUGCGCACAAAUCUGGUUCUGACGCAACCACAACAGCUGCGCCGACACCGAUUGUGUGUCCCAAUUCUAAUGGCACAAUAUACCAAGCGUCUGGCGAAGAUCCAUUCUUAGUCGUCUGUAACGUGGACUACAAUGGCAACGCUCCGAACAGCGGAACUACAGAUAUCGGUAGCAAGGGAACGAACUCAAUCGAGAGUUGCAUCGAUCUGUGUUCGGCCAACUCGGCAUGCGUCGGUGCCGGCUGGGGUAGCUAUCAGGGCCAGAAUACCUGUUGGAUGAAGGGAGCAUUGGGUGCAUCACAAUCGGCCGACAACUGGUACUUUGUGUUCAGGCAGCAAAAGUCUAAGUAAACCACUUGAUGGGCGGGAUUCUUGUCUUAGGCGGGGCGUUUAAAGGAGUAUACACCAAGU